CCACCGGCUCCCAAACCCUGUUGGACGUUCACCCGUUCGUACCGCAUGACUACGAUGUGCUGCAACUGUUCGAGUGAAGAUCUACGGACCGGCUCGGACAGACUUACCCUACCCGGCAGAAUAUCCGACAGGGCAUAUCGCGACCCGCUGCGACACUGGAGAAUGGAAUGGUCUGAUCUCUCCCUUGUGUUGCAUCAAAUACGUUCAGCAGACGAGGUCAUGCUCGUCCGCGGCCCGCUGGCCUAUCUCGUGAUGCUGCUCUUGUUUUCAACGUACGUUGUAGUUCGCGACUCUCGGGGCCCUGACGGCAGCGUAUAAGAUGCACGGAGCAACCUUCUGGACGCCUCAUCAGCUAUGGCUCUCUGGUCACUCGUGUUCAUGGGUACCCUGACUCUUGUCGGAGCAUCUGCACCUGCAGGUCCUUGGGACGCGUUCAACUUUGCACCAACAAGCAGGACAAUGUUUCCUACCGCGGUGAAAGAGGUCUCCGGAUCCGUGCACAACGUCCACAACCUCGUCUCGCGGGGUAGCGCAACGUUGAUCGGCAAUGGCUCAUGGGUCGCGCUUGACUUCGGCAUCGAGAUCGGAGGACUUGUCUCAUUGAACUUCGACGAUGUGUCAAGCACGUCGUCUAUAGCGCUUUCGUUCACCGAGUCGCCUGUCUUCAUUAGUCCUGUGACCUCUGAUGACUCUACAUACCCGUCUGCGAAUCAGUCUUACGACGGCGUUCUCCAAGUUCCUUCCCCUCUUCCCACCGGGUUCUGGACCCAGCCGGCCGAGAGAUUACGGGGCGGCUAUCGUUUCCUGACCAUCGUUUCUACGUCGAACGACUCCGUCACAAUCUCUAAUGUAUCCUGUGCUAUCUCUUUCGCGCCUCAUAUCUCGAACCUACGCGACUACAGCGGGUACUUCUAUGCCUCUGACCCUGUCUCCCACGACAGGAACUUCUUAACCAAGAUAUGGUACGCCGGGGCAUACACCGUUCAGACUAACACCGUUCCAUUGCACACUGGCAGACAGAUUCCGAUGGUCUCGUCACCGGGCUGGGCGAAUAAUGCUACGCUCGGUGUAGCCGGCCCCAUCAUCGUCGACGGCGCCAAGCGCGACAGAGCAGUCUGGCCAGGCGACAUGGGUAUCGCCGUCCCCACCCAGUUCGUCUCUACGAACGAUCUGCUCCCCACGCGGAACGCGCUCUCGACCAUGUUCGCCGCGAUCAAUCCUCUUACGGGCGCGCUCCCCGAGUCCGGUCCUCCGCUGAGCCAGCUCGGCAGCGACACCUAUCACGCCUGGACGCUCAUUGGCACGCACAACUACUACCUGUACUCGGGCGACGACGCGUGGCUGCAAACCGUGUGGGCGAAUUACACGAAGGCGGUCGGAUUCUUGGAGGGGAAGGUGGGGCCGGAGGGGCUCAUGAACGUCACUGGCUUGAGGGACUGGGCGCGGCUGGGCGGCGGGGGGAUCAACGCGGAGGGCAAUGCGUUGCUGUACCGGGCACGAGCACCUCUCGUCCUUGUCACUGCGGCGGACCUCGCGUCGCACGUGAACAGCACGGAGCUCUCCUCCGCGUGGGCGACGAAUGCGACGAAGCUCAAGGAGCGCUUCAACGACGUCUUCUGGCUCCCCAGCGCGGGGCUGUACAGGGACAACGACACCACCACGCUCUGCCCGCAGGACGCGAACUCCAUGGCUGUUCUGUACAACCUCACGACAUCUCCGGAGCAGGCAGACUCGGUCAGCAAGGGCCUCACGAAGAAUUGGAACAACCUCGGGCCGGUCGCACCCGAGCUCCCUGACACGAUCAGCCCGUUCAUUAGCGGACUUGAGCUGCAAGCGCACUUCGAGUCAGGGAACGACGAGCGCGCGUUGGACCUCCUCCGGCGCGAGUGGGGCUACAUGCUCUACACCAACAUAAGCGUCCAGUCGACUUUGCUCGAGGGCUUCACCGCAAACGGCUCGCUUUCCUACCGCAGCUACCGAGGGUACAACUACGACCCCGCAUAUACCAGCCACGCACAUGGCUGGAGCUCAGGACCCACCUCUGCGCUGACGUAUUACGUUCUCGGGCUAACUGUUACCUCGCCGCAAGGCCGCACUUGGCAGAUCGCGCCCCAUCUCUCUGGACUGUCCGCUGCGCAGGGUGGGUUCACGACCCCGCUUGGAUGGUUUGGGGCGAAGUGGUCAGCGGGGAAGCGUAGCUUCACGCUGCACGUGGAUGUGCCGGAAGGUACGACUGGGAUCGUGAAGGUUCCGGUCGCUGGGAAGGUCACUGUGAAUGGGAACUUGGCGCAGUCGAGCAGCGACGGGACGCUGGAGUUGGUUGGGGGAAAACAUAUCGUCUUCGUGUGGAGUUGAGCGAGAUCCGCGCUGUUGCUCGGUUGGAUAUGUUGUCUUUGCAAAUCCAACGAAAGUGUUUG